AUGGCUGAGGACAGUGGACGGGGUGGAGCUGACAGCUCAGUUCUGCUGGGUGUGCUAAUGACACGUGCACAGACAGAGAUGAAGAAAGUUGUUGGAGACAAUGCCACACUGCCCUGCCACCAUCAGUUCUGGGUUGGUGACGACCCCACUCUGGACAUUGAAUGGCUGCUUCUGAAGCCAACCAACAGGCAGAGAGUGGUGAUUACCUACUUUGCUGGACGGGUUUUUGACCCAAAUGAAGGAGAACGUGGUCGUGUAGCUUUUGCUGGAGAGUACUUAAAAGGUGAUGCCUCUUUGCUGAUCAGUGAUUUGUCACUGACAGACUCUGGAGAGUACAGCUGCAAAGUGAAGACUGGUGCACAGUACCACUGGAGCACCAUAAGUCUCAUAGUUCUCGUGAAGCCCUCUAAGCCACAGUGCUGGAUGGAGGGCAAAUUGUUGGAGGGUGGUGAUGUUAAGAUGAGCUGCAGGUCUGCUGAUGGCUCAGAUCCCAUCCACUACAAAUGGGAGAAAGUACUGGACAAGGGCAAAUAUGCUGGCAAGCUGCCUCCACUGGCCCUGAUAGAUUUGAAAAACCCAGAGAUUGUGACAUUGAGGAAUUUGACCAGGGACAGUACCGGAGUCUACAAAUGCACAGCCAGCAAUGAUGUGGGAGAAGAGAGCUGCACAGUGGAGGUCAAGCUGCACUAUGUAAGGGGUAAUGGUGUGGUGGCAGGUGCGGUGGUUGGUGUGUCCUUUGGUGCUCUGCUUAUUAUCCUCAUCAUCUGGUUGGUAUUCUGCAAAAAGGAGAUGAAGAAAUAUGAAGAAGAGGAGAUCCCCAAUGAAAUCAGGGAGGAUGCAGAGGCACCCAAAGCCAAACUAGUGAAGCCCAACUCCCUCUCCUCAUCUCGCUCUGGCAGCUCCCAUUCAGGAACCUCCUCCACUCAGUCCAUGAUGCACAACACGGGCCCCAGAGGCCAGCGCACCUGUGUUCCUGCUGUGGCUGCCCUCCAGGAAAACUCCCAGGCUUCCACUUUCCCACAGUCGCCACCUGAUUGCCAUCAGACCAUUCCCAAGACUCCUGAACACCUUUUUACACCCACUUCCAUGUCUGCCUCUCACUCCAACCCUAGCCCCCCUCCAAAGCUCACCCCUGGGAACCUGAACUGUGUGGGGGCGACUGCUGUUAUGAUCCCUGCGCAAACCAAGGCCUUCCAGACUGUGUAA